AUGCAUAUGAUCUUGUGGAAGGGUCUUUUGAGUAUCAUCUCCAUUUUCCCAUCAAAUCAAUUCUUAGUCUACUGCAUUCCAACAAGUGAGGUAUACUCUAACGAUAAUAAGCAACAAGGAAGUUGGUCAGGCUUGAGUGAUAUUUUGGAGAUAAAUGAUUUCGAUUCAGAAUGGCAUAACGAGGCUCAAAGUGGUCACAACAAAGAAGGAAGAGAUGUCCAAAUCGGUGAGAGCAUUACGCAUGCCACUAAAGUCAAUGGUAAGAAACCUAAACAAAGAAGAAGCCGAAAUACACCCGAACAUAGGGCGAAGCGAAAAUUGUACCGAGAAAAGUUAAAGAGUAUCUUUGAGAAGGAUCCCGUAGCACAGCAGGUUUACAGGGAAAAGAAGAAUAAAGCAAAUCGAAAGUGGAAAGCUAAGAAGAUUUCAAAAAUGACCGAAAUCGAGAAAGAAGCCCUUUUCAUGCGCAAGAAGCGGACAAAAAAGCAAUGGGAAAAAUUGUAUAAUGAAAGAUGUGGGGGGUUCUCUUCCCCAAAACAACAGCGUUUAAAUAUGAUAAGAAAGAUGAAAGCUGAAGGAACAGCCAAUGAGGCCGAUUUGAAGUUCUUACACGAAUAUCAAGAGGAACAAAAGCAGAGAAAGAGGAAAUCACGAGCUGCCCAAAAAGGAGGCAUUUGA